ACCUCGCGUAUGGCCCAAGCGCAAAGGCUAGCAACUGAGUCCAGCGCUUUCACCGAUUCUCUUUUUUCAUUUCCAUCUCUACCAUUCUCUCUUUCACGGAUACUUCUAUGAUUCUAUCGUUGAUUUCUUGAAAACUUCCCACCACUCGUUCCAGAUUUUUCCCACUUUCCAAACACCCACUUCUCAAUUUCUCUAGGGUUUGGCUCCUUGGCUGCUUCUUGUUUGGAGGUGGGUUAUGGGUUGAGGAGGUAUUGGUGCUAAGAGCGUAGCCAUGGAAUGGGACAGCAACUCUGAUCUGAGCGGCGACGAAGAGGAGGAGGGUUUCCUUCUCAGCGAUGGCGGCCCGCUUCCGUUUCCCGCCGAGGGCUUGGUACAGACGGCGCCGUGUGGGUUCGUUGUCACCGACGCUUUGGAGCCUGACCACCCUAUCAUUUACGUCAACACCAUGUUCGAGAUGGUCACAGGGUAUCAAGCUGAAGAGGUCCUCGGGCGCAAUUGCCGGUUCUUGCAGUAUAGAGGCCCAUUUGCCAAAAGAAGGCAUCCAUUGGUGGACUCUACAGUAGUUUCAGAAAUAAGAAGAUGCCUUGAGGAUGGUGUUGAAUUUCAUGGUGAUUUGUUAAAUUUUAGGAAAGAUGGAUCUCCUUUGAUGAACAGAUUGCGGCUGACCCCUAUUUAUGGAGAUGAUGACACGAUAACACAUGUUAUUGGUAUCCAGUUCUUCACAGAAGCAAAUAUUGAUUUGGGUCCACUUCCGGGAUCUUUGGCAAAGGAAUCUGCACGAUCAUCAGGUCGAUUUCGUUCUGGUUUUCCCUCUUACCCUUCUGUUCCAGCUGGGAAUCGAAAUAUUUGUCGUGGGGUUUGUGGGAUAAUGCAAUUGAGCGAUGAAGUCCUGUCUCUCAAGAUACUUUCACUUUUGACACCAAGAGAUAUUGCUUCCAUCGGCUCUGUCUGUAGGCGGUUUUAUGAAAUAACAAAGAAUGAGGAUCUUUGGAGAAUGGUCUGCCAAAACGCAUGGGGAAGUGAGACAACUCGUGUUUUAGAGACGGUGCCAGGGGCAAAACAACUAGGGUGGGGUAGGCUGGCAAGGGAGCUGACAACACUUGAAGCAGCAGCAUGGAGGAAGCUGACUGUUGGAGGUGCUGUUGAACCCUCCCGUUGCAAUUUCAGUGCAUGUGCUGUUGGUAGUCGGGUUGUUCUCUUUGGUGGGGAAGGUGUUAACAUGCAGCCAAUGAAUGACACUUUUGUAUUGGACUUAAAUUCUAGUAAUCCCGAGUGGCAACAUGUCCAAGUGAACUCCCCCCCACCUGGUCGAUGGGGUCAUACACUGACUUGUGUAAAUGGGUCUAAUUUGGUUGUUUUUGGAGGUUGUGGAAGACAAGGUUUACUCAAUGACGUUUUCGUGUUGGAUUUGGAUGCCAAGCCUCCAGCUUGGCGUGAAAUCUCUGGAUUGGCUCCUCCACUUCCAAGAUCAUGGCAUAGCUCCUGCACCCUUGAUGGCACCAAGUUAAUAGUUUCUGGUGGUUGUGCAGAUUCUGGAGUACUUCUUAGUGACACUUUUCUCUUGGAUCUCUCGAUGGAGAAACCCAUCUGGAGAGAGAUACCCGUAGCAUGGAGCCCACCAUCGCGCUUAGGUCACACAUUAUCUGUUUAUGGUGGUAGGAAAAUAUUGAUGUUUGGGGGUCUGGCCAAGAGUGGCCCUCUCCGGUUCCGCUCUAGUGAUGUGUACACAAUGGAUUUGAGUGAGGACAAUCCGUGUUGGAGAUGCGUGACUGGGAGUGGAAUGCCUGGGGCUGGAAAUCCCGCAGGCAUAGCACCUCCUCCUAGGCUUGACCAUGUGGCUGUGAGCCUCCCAGGGGGUAGAAUCCUAAUCUUUGGUGGUUCUGUGGCUGGGCUUCACUCUGCCUCGCAGCUCUACCUACUGGAUCCAACUGAUGAAAAGCCUACAUGGAGGAUAUUAAAUGUACCAGGGCGUCCCCCAAGAUUUGCUUGGGGACACAGUACUUGUGUUGUUGGAGGGACAAGGGCUAUAGUUCUUGGUGGUCAAACUGGGGAGGAGUGGAUGCUAAGUGAGCUCCAUGAGCUGUCUUUGGCGAGUUCGGUCACCUAAUCCAGAGGAAAUGGAACGGCAAACUAUAGCAGAGGAAUCACCAGAGGUCUCCAACCACAAAAGAAGAGGGAGCAUACUGAGUAAUCAGUUGAUGCAGGUUGUUGCUGCGGUUGCUAUAAAAUCUCUGACAGAUAUUGCUUUUUCCAGUACCUCUCUCACUGGUUUUGUGUAGUGUAUUUUCUUGAGGAAGUUACUGGUUGUGACUUGGAAUGAACAUGUUAACAGGUUAUUUUAGGUUAGUAAUAUUCGAUAAGCAGAUAGGUAUAUCUCCAUAUGUAGGCUUAGUCCCUUUCUUGUCUUUGUAUUCCCAUGUGAUACCUUUCAAGUGUGUAUUGAACCCGAAAUCAAAACCAAAACAAAAAUAAAAAAAGAAAAAAAGAAAAAAAGAAAAAAAGAAAAGAAAAUGUGCUUGUAUAUAUAGCGAUAUAACACGCUGUUUGUGUCUUGUAUGUGUAAUGGAACCUUUUUGCAGCUCUACUAUGCCAUUUCUAACUUAUUAUUUGGUUGAAA